AUAAAAGCUAGGGUUCUUCGCCACUUGUUUUCUCUUUCCUUGAGCUGCUGCUGCUGCUGCCAUUUCAAAGCCUUUGGUUGCUUCCAUAGUUAACUGCUGCAAAGCCUCAAAAAAGGAGAAGGUUUUUGUUUAGCUAUGGCGGACAAGGCAGUAACUAUUAGGACUAGGAAGUUCAUGACCAACAGGCUCCUUUCCAGGAAACAAUUUAUCAUUGAUGUUUUGCAUCCUGGGAGGCCCAAUGUUUCCAAGGCGGAGCUGAAGGAGAAGCUUUCUAGAAUGUAUGAGGUGAAAGACCCGAAUUCAAUCUUUGUGUUCAAGUUCAGGACUCAUUUUGGAGGUGGUAAAUCUACUGGAUUUGGUUUGAUUUAUGAUUCCGUUGAGAAUGCAAAGAAGUAUGAGCCCAAGUACAGGCUGAUCAGGAAUGGACUUGAUACCAAGGUAGAGAAAUCAAGGAAGCAAAUGAAGGAAAGGAAGAACAGGGCUAAGAAGAUCCGUGGAGUAAAGAAGACCAAGGCCGGUGAUGCAGCGAAGAAGAAGUGAGCUAAAAGGGAGGGAAGAAGAAGUGAGGUUGUGCUUAUCUUAGAGCCAAUGUUUUUCAACAGCAUUUCUUUACUAGUCUUAUGUGUUUUAGGUGUUCUUGAACCUGUAUUUUUGAAACUGGAUUUUGGUGUUAUCUGAUGUUUAGUUACAUUAUCUGAUUGUCUGUCUUAUUUUGAGUACUCUUCCGGGGGGAGAAUUUUGAAAUAUUUAGUAUAAUACAUUCUUGUUGCCCAUCAA